ACAGCAGCACACCCAGCACACCAGUCCAGGUUUAUACAAUUUUCAGUUCUGCACUGAAAAGAUGAGGGUGCUUCUCAUAUUCUGCAUCCUCUACCUGAUGGCUCCUAUUGGCUACAGUCAACUUGCAGGUCCUCCUGGUCCCAAAGGUGACAAAGGAGAUCCUGGACAUCCUGGAUCUCCAGGGCCACCAGGGCAACCAGGGCAACCAGGGCGACCAGGAAUUCCUGGAGCUCCAGGUCAAAAAGGGGAUAUAGGAGUACCUGGAGCGCCUGGACCAUAUGCAAUGUGCACGGAAGAUAUCCAGUGGCUAUCCAGCUUAAAGAAGAACCUUGCUAAGUUAGAGCUGGCUAUAAACUAUGACUUUGUGCGAACAGCUGGUCCGAAAUUCUUUGUGUCCAACAAGGAGAAAGGCAAUUUCUCCAGGGCUGUCGAGUUCUGCUCCCAACGAGGCCUUGAGCUGGCUUUGCCCCAGAGUGAGGAAGAGAACAACAUCCUGACUCAAGUGUUUAAGAACCUUUAUCAAUGGAUCAAUGUCAGCAAUAAAAAAGCAGAGGGGAAUUUUGAGGUGGAUAUGAAAAACCGACCUCUGACCUUUACCAAAUGGGCAGAAGGUCAACCAGACAGAUCCAUCCAGGAUACAGGCUGCACCAUGCUGUCAGAAAACGGCGUCUGGCACGUCACACAGGAAUGCUUCCUGAAUGCUUACAUCAUUUGUCAGAUAUAGAAACAUGCAUCCCAUCCAAAUCUUUCUAUAAUGCAAACAUUUCCAAACAUUUUCUUCAAGUCUGAAGUUCUGUUUCACUUUUUCUAUAGGCUUACGUGAAUUAACUGUGGAUAAAAAAAGGCUGAAAAAAAAGGUGCAUUAUUUCAUGUUAAUGUCUAGUAAAUUUAAGACUAUUAAAUAUAAACUCAUCCUUAUUUUAGCAGUAAUGUGUCUGUGUUUUGGAACCUUUGCCCUUGUAAUAGGUAUAAUAUUUAGUUUCCCACCACUACCCUUGUGAUAUAUAAUAUCUCCUUAAGAAGUAUAAUGGCAUCAUCUGUAUAAAAAAAAGAAUGUAAGCAGAGACACGACUAUAUAAAGCAUUAACCACUUCUCAAACUGAUGUUUUUAAAGCAUAUGGCACAAUAAAGCAUAAGGCAGUCCUGCAGUCUUCUUUCAUUUCUUAUAUAUGUU